AUGAGCGAGGCCCGUCAGAUUCAGAGUAUGAUCGACUUCAUCGAGCGUGAGGCGCAGGAGCGGGCAGAGGAGCUCGACUGCGCCGCUCAGGAGGAGUAUGAUGUUGAAAAGAUGCGCCUCGUUGAAGCCGAAAAGGUGAAGGUGCGUGGCAACACGGAGCAGAAGAAAAAACAGGUGGAUAUCGACCGCAGAGUGGCAAGGGCAAACUUCUCAAAGGCCCAGCGGCUCCGAGUCAUGGAGGAGAGGUCAAAAAUCAUGGACCAACUGAAGGAAAACACGAAGCGGAGAAUUCUGGCGUUCGUUAAUGACGCUAGCAGCUACCGCAAACUUCUUGUCGAUCUUAUCCACCAGUCACUUCUCUCGGUGCAAACAGACGUCGUCAUUCGUACGCGAAGGGAAGAUGAGGCCACGGUUCAAAGUAUGACCACGGAGUUAGAGCAUUGGUACGCGGAGAAGGUGGGGACCAAAAUAACGAUCAAACUAAGCAAAGAAUACCUCAACAGUGAAGAUGCAUGGGGUGGCGUGAUUGUCGAAUCUCAGAAUGGCCGCAUCACCUGUAAUAUGACGCUUUCGUGCAGAAUGAAGAACUGCUUCGAAGACCAACUUCCUGCGAUUCGUUACUACCUUUUUAAUCCUGAUGCACCUGUUUAA